AUGAAUGAUGUUGUCUACAACUAUUUCGCUGAUAACUUCGGUUAUGUUGAGAAGAUGCUGGACAAAGAGCUAGUGAAUAAGUAUAAAGAUCAAACAGUAAAAGCCUUAAAGAAAUGUCUAAAACAACUAAAGCUAUCGAACGCUGAUCCUCACGAAAUCAAAUAUGUAGUUCGCACAUUGCGUGAUAAGUUGCGUAAUGCUUGUCAAAUCAAUACAACUCAAAACCAAAACAAAACGUUCAAUCACGACAAUUAG